GAACCGCUCGGUCGACCAAAACUCAUCGCAUCGGCGCAUCCCCACCACUAGACGGCCCCCACUUCGAGCGUGGUUAGUAUCGGCUGCCACGAAACUGCAGCUGUGCAUUGUAGUAUUACACUAUUACAGUGAUCUUGUGUGCAUGUGUAGGUAACUACUAUGGUACAGUUGUUGUGUGUGUGCAGACGUGCAGUUGCGGCUGCGUUUUGUCGUAUAGUGCGUAGUGAACUUUAUUUUGUAGCACAUUCUUACCGUCACCUUGUUCAGCCGUGUUCGUCCAUGCGACCGUGCUCCCGAGUGUACGUUCACUUUUACGAUUUCUGUUUAUAUUCCACAUAAUAAAAUUAGUAUAUCAUAUUAUCUGGUUUGAAUUUUAUAAUAUUCCAAUUGUUAAUACUAUUAUUUUUGUGGCCAUGACGUCUUGUAAUUGUUCAAAGAUCAUGAAACAACUACAAGCCGUAGACUCCAGCCGCUCCAGGUCUCCGGUAAAAAAAAACGCAAAGGGAAAGCGAGUAGAUUCUAGUAAAAGACUUAUGAUAAUUAAUGCGUACAAAGCAAAAUUGGAGGCAGAUCCAGAAAAGACUAUAAGAACACUCCGGCAAGAGAUAUCUAAAGAACUAGGUAUAGGAUCAACUACUAUUUCCAAAACAAUAAUGGUAUAUAACCGUUCGAAAAUAGUGAUAUCUCCAAAUAGAACUCGGGUUAAGAUAUCCGCCCGCAUUAUAUUUGAAGAGUUCGCAAGAAAUCUGGUUCGUAGGCACGUGCACAGUUUUUGGUAUAAACGUGAAAUUCCGACAGUCGACAAAAUAUAUCAAGCGGUUUCUAACGAUGACUCUUUACCACCCAUCUCACGGACCGGCCUUUUUCGUCUUUUAAAAGAUAUGGGUUUUAAGUACAGUAAACGAAGCGGAAAUGGUGCACUGACGGAAAAAAGUGAAAUAGUUUUGUGGCGUAGACGGUUUCUUGAAGAUUUACGAAAAUACCAAAAAGAGGGUCGGCAUUUAUAUUACUUGGAUGAAACCUGUAUAAAUGUCGGUGAAUGCACAAUACAAUCACCAUGGGACGCACAUUUGGAAGGUCAAGCAACCGCUGCUGUAAAUGCAUCGGAAGAAGAUAAACGUGUUAUAGUUCUCAACAUAGGUUCCGAAGACGGCUUUGUUCCCGGCGCAUUAUUAUGUUUUGAGUCGAAAAAGAAAACUAGGGAUUUUCACGAUGAAAUUAGUCCCAAAAUAUUUAACAAUUGGAUGGAGAGUGUAUUGCCUAGAUUAAAAAAGAAAUGUGUGAUAAUCAUGGACAAUGCCUCAUAUCAUUCAGUAAAGAUUGACAAGGCACCUUCGUCGAAAACCGAGAAGGCUGACAUUAUUAAUUGGUUGAAGGAUAAGAAUGAAACUAUAGACAGACCUAUGGUUAUCCCACAACUCCUUGAAAUGGUGAAAAGGGUAAAGCCGCAUCAUGAUAAAUAUGUAAUUGACGAACUAGCAGAACAAUAUGAUUCUAUUAUACUACGACUACCACCAUAUCAUUGCGACCUUAACGCAAUUGAAUUGGCUUGGCCAUUGGUUAAAAGUUAUGUAAGUAAGAACAAUACAACUUUUACAUUAACCGAUGUCAAACAGUUAUUAAUUGAGGGCGUCGAACAUGUAAAGCCAACCAUGUGGAAGAAUUUUAUCAGUCAGACGAAGGCAGAAGAAGAAAAACUUUGGAAAAUUGACUUCAUUGUAGAUGACGUUUUAUCCGCAGAAGUUUUAUCCAACGGAGAUACAUCAUCAGACGACUCCAGCAUUGCAUCUGACUAAUUGUUUUAUUUUAUUGUUUUAGGUAGGUACAUUUUUUUUAAAAAAUGUACCUACAUACCUAUAUUGCAUAUAUUUUUAAUUUUUUUUUCUAUUGUUUAUAUAUUGUAUAAUAUGACUAGAUUGAACACUCUCUAUUUGAUAUGUAAGUAAUAAAAAACCAUAAUUUAUAAUUUA